AUAGCUAGCAAAUACACAUUGGUUACCGACGAUUUACCAUUAAUUUGUGAUAGAAAACUGAAAAAUGAAUAGUGACACAAAUAGCGAUGUGAACAAAACAAAUGCUGCCCAAAUUAACAGUGCUAACGGUAACGAACAAAAAACUGAUGGAAAGAAGGAACCCUUCAGAUUAAUAAAACGAAUGAAAUCUCUUAUCCUAUUGUUGACUGUGGAGCCAUUUUUGGUUUGCUACAUUAUACCAACAAUCCUUUCAUCGACGGCUAUGCAGAAAUUUAAUAUGGAAAAAGCAUGCCGAGUUGACUUAAAUCAGACAGAGGAGGUUUGUAGGAAGGUAGUGGAAGGCAUUCAGGAUGACAAUACUACCAUAGAGGCCCUGAAGAAGGCCUCAGUUCUUGUGGCAGAUAUGACAGCUUGGAGGGAACCUAUAACAUUCGGAAUACCAGCUCUAAUGAUAUUGUUUGUUGGAGCAUGGAGUGAUAAAACAGGAAACAGGAAAUACUUAUUACUUAUACCUGUCAUUGGAGAAAUUGGAUCAUUAGUAGGAAUUCUUGCCGGCACGUACUUCUUUCUGGAGUGGCCCUUGUGGGUGAUGGCACUAAUAGAAGCAAGCUCAUCCACGUUUACUGGAGGUCUGUAUGUAAUUUUGAUGGGGUCAUACAGUUAUUUAGCUGACGUCACCACCCCCGAGUCGCGUACCUUCAGAAUGGGUGUAGCGGGUGUUUUAGUGUCAUUGGGUUCCCCUUUGGCAAAUGCAAUAAGUGGCAUACUAACUGUAAAUCUCGGUUACUUUGGAAUAUUCGGAAUUUCACUGGCUAUGUAUAUGUUUUGUUUCUUCUACGCACUGAUAAGAAUUCAAGAUGUCAGAAGAGUGGAAAUUGAAGGAAGUUUCUUUCAUAAACUGAUAAGCUUUUUUCACCCGAAGAAUGUUUGGGGCACACUAUCGUUAGUGUUCACAAGUCGUGGGAAGCAGCUAUUGAAGAUUACUUUAGUAAUUUGUGCCCACAUUGUUAUACAAGGUCCUGUUGCAGGUGAACAAGCAUGCCUGUACCUCUACACAUUGAAUAGGUACCAGAUGGGUCUAGUGGAUCAAUCUCUGUAUACAACGUUUGCUUUGAUCAUGGGACUCGUCGGUACUUCAUUGGCAAUGGGCAUAUUUGUGAAGUGGCUCAAGGUGCACGACGGUUUACUUGGUAUCAUCGCCACCACCUCUAACCUGCUAUCUACUUUGACCUCCGGUCUCGCUCCAACAAGAGAAUACUUCUUUGCUGGACCCGUCCUUGGUAUAUUUGGAGGGCCUGCGUCUACUGCGGUACGAUCGCUCGGAACCAAAAUUGUGCAACCAGAUCAAGUUGGUAAAAUGUGUUCCCUUAUCGGCUUUGUUGAGGCGCUACUUCCUGUGAUAUACAUGCCUUUGUAUACAAAGAUAUAUUCAAACACAAUCAACACAUUUCCAGGGGCGUUCUAUAUUGUAGGGGCGAUCAUGACGGUCCCAGAUAUUAUAAUAUUUGGUUCUUUCUACAUUAUGCAUCGAAGACAGCAAAGAGAUGCUGUUACACACCCAGAGGUGAAAGAGAUGCAUGUAUAUGAAAACGAUGUCACUGCUUUUUAAAUGAUUUUACAUAUUAAUUUGAUUUAUAUACCCACACAAUUUCAGUUGCCAUAAAAAUACUACAGAAUAUAAUGUAGCAUGUAAUGUACCUAAGUUACCUAGUUUUAUGUUUUGUCGAUGUAUUUUAUUGCAAUAAAUUUAUGCUUCUAUACUAAUAUUAUAAAUG